CACACACACACACACGCACAUACACGAACAGACACUGUACUCUGAGCUGAGUCUAUGGCGAUGAGAACUUUAGGGAGGAUUCUCUUGGCAAUUUUGUGGGUUCUUGUGAGUCUUGAAGGCGCAUUAUCACAUGGUGAUCACCCUUUUUCAAGAAUUGCCAUACACAAGGCAGUGUUAGCUAUUAAUGAUCAUGCCUAUAUUAAAGCCUCUCCACCAGUUCUUGGAUUGAUUGAGCAAAAUUCAGAAUGGGUGACUCUAGAGUAUGGGAUUCCAAACCCUUCGAUUGAUGAUUGGAUUGGAGUAUUUUCUCCUGCCAAUUUCAGUGCUGCUACUUGCCUCCCUGAGAAUCUUAAAGUUAAUCCUCCACUAAUUUGUACGGCGCCUAUUAAGUUUCAAUACGCAAACUAUACCAAUCCAAAGUACAACCAGACUGGAAAAGGAUUGUUGAAGCUUCAAUUGGUCAACCAGAGAUCGGACUUCUCUUUUGCUCUCUUUUCUGGUGGAUUAUUAAAUCCAAAGCUGGUAGCUGUGUCAAAUACAAUUGCCUUUGCAAAUCCAAAUGCACCAGUUUACCCACGCUUGGCACAGGGGAAGAUGUGGAAUGAAAUGACUGUGACAUGGACGAGCGGAUAUGGAAUCAAUGAAGCAGAUCCUUUUGUUGAAUGGGGUCCCCAAGGAGGAGAACAGCGGCGUUCCCCUGCUGGGACGCUUACUUUUGACCGGAAAAGCAUGUGUGGUGCACCAGCAAGAACUGUUGGUUGGCGUGAUCCUGGAUUUAUUCAUACAAGUUUCUUGAAGGAGUUGUGGCCUAACUCAAUGUACACCUACAAAAUAGGCCACAGAUUGUUCAACGGUACAUAUAUUUGGAGUCACAUAUACCAAUUUAGGGCAUCUCCUUACCCUGGUCAAAAUUCUCUACAACGAGUAGUCAUUUAUGGCGAUAUGGGAAAGGCUGAGGCCGAUGGCUCCAAUGAAUAUAAUAAUUUCCAGCCUGGCUCCCUUAACACUACCAAACAGCUUAUUGAGGACUUGAAGAACAUUGAUAUAGUCUUUCACAUAGGAGAUAUAUGUUAUGCCAAUGGAUAUCUUUCACAGUGGGACCAAUUUACUUCUCAGGUUGAGCCGAUUGCCUCAGCAGUACCUUACAUGAUUGCAAGUGGUAACCAUGAGCGUGAUUGGCCCGGAACAGGAUCAUUCUAUGGGACCAUGGAUUCUGGAGGAGAAUGUGGUGUGUUGGCUGAAACUAUGUUUUAUACACCUGCAGAGAACAGAGCUAAGUUCUGGUACUCAUCUGAUUAUGGCAUGUUCCACUUCUGCAUAGCUGAUACAGAACAUGAUUGGAGAGAGGGAACGGAGCAAUAUAAGUUCAUUGAACACUGCCUAGCAUCCGUGGAUAGACAGAAGCAACCAUGGCUGAUCUUCCUUGCACAUCGGGUACUGGGUUAUUCUUCCUCCCCUUACUAUGCUGAACAAGGAUCAUUUGCAGAACCAAUGGGGAGGGAGGACCUUCAAAAACUCUGGCAGAAGUACAAGGUUGAUAUAGCCAUGUACGGCCAUGUGCACAGUUAUGAAAGAACAUGUCCAAUUUACCAGAAUAUUUGCACGAAUAAAGAGACUUCCUAUUAUAAGGGCACGUUGAAUGGUACAAUACAAGUGGUUGCUGGGGGUGCAGGAGCAGGCCUUUCGGGUUUUUCCACAAAACCAAACUGGAGUAUUUUCAGGGAUAAUGAUUAUGGAUUUGUAAAACUAACUGCAUUUGAUUAUUCAAACCUGUUGUUUGAGUACAAGAGAAGCAGGGAUGGGAAAGUUUACGACUCAUUCAGAAUUUCACGGGAUUAUAGAGAUAUCUUGGCCUGCACCGUGGAUAGCUGCCCAAGUAUGACCCUGGCAUCUUGAGAUGAAUAUGAAGGAAAAUUUCUGUUUCUGAAAAUGUUCAAUGUAAUGACAUUUACCAUCUUAUUGCAUCAUCACUCAUCCCCCAUCCUCAGCCCAAAAAUUGUAGAAAUAAUGAAAAAACAUUUAGUUAUGUCUUUAAUGGUUAUGUUUUCCUGAAUAAAAGCAUGCAGUUCCUAAU